UCUUCAUAGUUCACACUAUAAACCAAAAGCUCCCAAAUAUUAAUCAUUGAACUUCAUAACAACCUCUUCCUCUUAAUUACUCAAGCUCCCAACUUCGGUUCCCACUUUUCUCUUCUACAAAGUUUCAAUUUUUAUAUUUCCGUUGCAAUUUUCUCUCAAAUGGGUAUCAAAAUCUUCAUGGUUUCCUUCAUUGUAACCUCAAUAUUUCUCAUUUUCUUCUACAUCCCCAUAAGACUAACCACACCAAUAUCUAACAGCAGAAACUACUUCAAUGCAAUCAAAUCCAUCAACAACAACAACAACAACAGAACAUACCCAGUUACAUUUGCCUACUUGAUCUCUGCAUCAAAAGGGGAUUUUGUGAAGCUCAAGAGAUUGAUGAAGGUUCUGUACCACCCAGGGAACUACUACUUGAUUCACAUGGAUUAUGGGGCACCACAAAUUGAACACAAGAAAGUUGCAGAAUUUGUGGCCAAUGAACCUGUGUUUGGUGAAGUUGGGAAUGUUUGGGUUGUUGGGAAACCCAAUUUGGUGACAUAUAGGGGACCAACAAUGCUUGCAACGACCCUUCAUGCCAUGGCAAUGCUUCUUAGGAUCUGUCACUGGGAUUGGUUUAUUAAUCUUAGUGCUUCUGAUUAUCCUUUGGUAACACAAGAUGAUCUGAUUCAAGCUUUUAGUGAGGUACCAAGGGAUAUCAAUUUUGUACAGCAUAGCAGUCGCUUGGGUUGGAAAUUUAAUAAGAGAGGGAAGCCUAUGAUUAUAGACCCGGGUCUAUAUAGUCUUAAUAAAUCAGAGAUUUGGUGGGUCAUUAAGCAAAGGAGUCUCCCAACAUCUUUUAAACUCUACACAGGUUCAGCAUGGACAAUACUAUCAAGAUCAUUUUCAGAGUAUUGCAUUAUGGGCUGGGAAAAUUUGCCAAGGACCCUUCUCCUUUACUACACUAACUUCGUGUCGUCGCCCGAAGGAUACUUCCAAACGGUCAUAUGCAACUCUCACGACUACAAGAACACCACUGCUAACCAUGACCUUCAUUACAUCACUUGGGACAAUCCUCCGAAACAGCAUCCGAGGUCUCUAGGGCUGCGAGAUUUCCGGAAAAUGGUUAUGAGUAGCCGUCCGUUCGCCAGAAAGUUCAAGCGGAAUGAUCUUGUCCUCGAUAAGAUUGAUAGAGAGCUUUUGAAGAGACAUCAUGGGCAAUUUUCUUUUGGUGGAUGGUGUUCAUCAAAGAGUGAUGGAAUUCAUAAAACAUGUUCAGGUUUGAGGAGUGAGAAUUAUGGUGUGCUCAACCCUGGUCCGGGAUCAAGAAGGUUGAAGAGUUUGAUAACAAAACUUCUAAACGAAAGAUUUUUUCACAAACAGCAGUGCAAGUAAACCAUUGAUUUAUUCUUUUUUCCUUAUAGGUUUAUACAAUUGCUCACUUGUAAAGACCAUAUUCUAAAUUUGGUUAUGAUUUAAUCGAUCAUUUUCUUUUUCUUUUUUGCAACUUGAAGUUUUAUUUGUAAAAUUUAUCUUGAUGAAUACUAGAGAAUAGAACACCAAACAAAUAGG